AUGCCUGCUAAAUCAAGAUUCACACGGCUCGAUGCCUUCACCAAGACCGUGGAAGAUGCCCGCAUCCGCACCACCUCCGGCGGCAUCGUGACCCUCACCUCCCUCCUCCUCAUCCUCUACCUCGUCUGGGGCGAGUGGGCUGACUACCGCCGCAUCACCGUGCACCCGGAACUCAUCGUCGACAAAGGCCGAGGCGAGAAGAUGGAAAUCCACAUGAACAUCUCCUUCCCUCGCGUCCCCUGCGAACUGCUGACUCUGGACGUCAUGGACGUGAGUGGAGAGGUGCAAACAGGCGUGAUGCAUGGCGUGAAUAAAGUCCGCUUACGGGCGGAGGGGGAAGGAGGCGGAGAGAUCGAUAGAUCGGUAUUAGAAUUGGGCAAAGCAGACGAAGAGGCAAGUAAACAUCUCGACCCUUCCUACUGCGGCGGCUGCUACGGCGCUCCUGCUCCAAGCAAUGCAAUCAAACCCAAUUGCUGCAACACCUGCGCCGAAGUCCGCGAGGCCUACGCCGGCGUCUCGUGGUCUUUCGGCAGAGGGGAGAAUGUAGAGCAAUGUGAACGGGAACACUACAGCGAACACCUGGACGAACAACGACGGGAAGGAUGUCGGAUCGAAGGGGGGAUCCGAGUGAACAAGGUCGUAGGCAACUUCCAUUUCGCCCCGGGAAAGAGUUUCAGUAAUGGGAACAUGCACGUCCACGACCUGGAGAAUUACUUCGCGGGCGGGGAGGGGAUCGAACAUACCUUCUCGCAUACCGUGCACCACCUCCGCUUCGGUCCGGAACUACCAGACGACGUGGUGAAACGGGUCGGAAAAAAAGGCAUGGCGUGGUCGAACCACCACCUCAAUCCGUUAGACGGCACGGCGCAGAGCACGACGGAAAAGGCCUACAAUUACAUGUACUUUGUCAAGGUGGUGAGUACGGCUUACCUGCCCCUCGGGUGGGAGCGGACGGGGUCGAUAUUGGAUUUACCGCAUGAGUUGGUGGAGUUGGGGGGUUAUGGCAAAGGGGAGCAGGGGAGUAUUGAGACGCAUCAGUAUUCUGUCACGAGUCAUAAGCGGUCUUUGGCGGGCGGGGAUGGGGGCAGCGAGGGGCAUAAGGAGAGGUUGCACGCGAGGGGGGGCAUUCCGGGCGUGUUUUUCUCUUACGACAUCUCCCCCAUGAAGGUCAUUAAUCGCGAAGCCCGCACGAAAUCCUUCUCGGGGUUCUUGGUGGGGGUUUGUGCGGUUGUGGGUGGGACGUUGACGGUUGCUGCUGCGGUGGAUCGGGCGUUGUAUGAGGGGGGCCAGAGGGUGAAGAAGAUGCAUUCGAGUUAG